GCCGGUACGUGUCGGCUUUGCCGCCCAAAAUACAUUCCACGAGUCGUCCUAUCGAGAGGCGUUGGCUGGCAUUUAUCAACCCCGCUAUAACGUGACAAUGGAAGCGUUACUCCAGUUUGCCCAAGAUGGAAACAUCAAUGAAGUGAUGCGACUGCUCGAGUCGGGCGCGAACGUGAACGUUUCCACCGAGGACGGACAAUCGGCUGUCUUUCUCGCGUCCAAAAAUGGACAUGGCAACAUCGUCAAGCUUCUGGUCAAGUAUGACGCCAAUGUGAAUGAACCCAACAACCUGGGGUGGACGCCACUCAUUGCGGCAGCUGUGGGGAGGCAUGUGAACGUGUCGCAGGUGCUGCUUGAAGCCAAGGCCGACCCGAACGGCAGUAUUCCUUUGCAAGGAUUGACAGCGCUGUACAUCGCUGCAUCCGACGGAAACGAAGAGUUGGUGACACUGCUGUUACAUUACCACGCUGACGUGGCCCUUCGCACCAAUGCCGAUAAAAGCCCGCUCGAUGCUGCCUUGCAAAAGGGACAUACCAGUAUCGUGCACCUCCUUGUCGCUGCCGGGGGUGGUGUUAGGACGAGCUCGAUAGAGACAUCUCCUGCGUCGGGUGAUGUUGCGACCCCAUUGACAUACCACGACGCCCUUUUGGAAGCCAUCGAGGCCAACUCGAUUCCGACGAUUGUACGGCUACUCAAAGCCAACACUGACGUCAAUCGAUGUGGCCCAGACGGCACGUCGCCGUUGUGUCAUGCUGCGCUGUUGAGCCAGGAGGCCAUUGUGGGGAUGCUCCUCAUUGCGCACGCCGACGGCAACCAGCCCAAUGGUUGCGGUGGGACGGCGUUGACGAUCGCCGCGUCGAAUGGCAACGGCACCAUCGUGGACAUGUUGCUUCAAGAUGGCGUCAACAUUAACGCGACGGACAGAAAUCGCAACACCCCGUUGUUGCUGGCCGUGAAGCACGGCCACGAACAGAAUGUCCAGAAACUUCUGGACGCCCGUGCAGAUGCCACCAUCCGAAAUGCGGACAACGAGACCGCGCUCAUCGUGGCUAUGAAAUGUUUUCGCCGAAACGAAGCCACUAUUUUGCAUGCGGCAGUGUCUCAGUUUCCCACGGCGAUCGACCCUGUGGAGCUACAAGUGGGCGGAAAACUGGGCUCGGGGGGUCAAAAAUGUCUCGUUGAGAGAGCCACGUAUCGUGGAAUCCAAGUGGCUGUCAAGUCAGCAAUCAACCCCCACGACACCCCGGCGCUUGUGGCCGAAUUCGACGCCAUCUCAACGUGCAAUUCGCCGUACAUGAUUUCGCUGCUGGGGGUGACUGGAGACCCCGACCGCCCGCAUUUUGUGGUGGAUUACAUGGACCAGGGAACGCUACGAGACCACUUGAACAAGAAACUGGCCGGCAGCGCUGGCCUUUUGUCGUUUUCCACGCCCCAUAUUGUAUGGGUUCUCGCGAAUGCGCUCCAGGAUUUGCACGCCAAGGGCUUUGUCCACCGUGACUUUAAGUCGGACAACAUCCUUCUCUCGUCCAUCCAUCACGUCAAGGUGGCUCACCUCGGUGACGCCAACAACCGCGUGAUGGACAUGGCCAUGGCGGACAUGUUAUGGACCGCUCCGGAAGUUCUGCUGGGCGAGACCGCCUCGGCUGCUUCAGAUGUGUAUGCAUUUGGGGUCAUUCUCACGGAACUCGACACGCUGCAGCGACCGUACUGGGACCUAUCGCUGGAUCCGUGGACCCUCACGGACAACCUCCGCAAGGGCGUCAUCCGGCCGUCCGUGACCAGCUCGUGCCCUGAGUGGUACAAGGAACUGGCGGACUCGUGCUUGAAGUUCAACCCUGUGGAUCGACCGGCGGCCAAGGACAUUGUCGAAAUCCUCCAAAGUCAGUGGCGUGCCACGCCUGUGCAUGCGAUGCAUUUUCCCAACCUACUUGAAAGCAAAGUGGUGGCGGCGACUCCUAGUGGCGGCGGUGGACUCUACGACGUCGAAUAGUCAGGCACUGUACCUGUCGUGCAUGCAUAAAUAAAUAUAUACAUAUGCCCCUUUAUAUUCAG